CAUUACUGUUUUUUCGACCAGUAAUUGAUGAAAAUGAAACUUCUGGAGAAUAUGAAUCCAGUGAAGGAGUUAGCUUUGAUGAAAUGGUGAAGAAUUUCGACAAAUUGUUACAGAAGAAAUGCCGGUCUUUAAAAUCACCUAAUCACCCACUUAUUAUCAACAUUGUUCCAAUGCAAGAUACUUUGAUAUCUUCAACAUGUACAGAUGAUCAAUGGGAUUUACCAUAUGUUGUUCAUUUGUGGCCUUCUGUUAUUCUCCGCAAUCUUCUUCCUUAUCAGAUUGCAUAUUCUUUAGAGGGAUAUAGUACCACAUACAAUACUCUAGAAGAUGGAUGUUCUGCUCAGAUUCAUAAUGCGCUACUGGAUCAGAGCAAGCUGGAAUUACAUUUACUUAAUUAUCUUGAUAAAGAUUGGACUACUGAGUACUACAUCCAAUCAAAUCAGCAAGAAAUUAGUUUCAUCACAUUUUCAUGCAUUAGUGACCUGGAUAGGUCAGAUUUGGAUAUAGCUAUGCACGUAACGUAUGCCACUGGACAAGUGAUUAUAGCAAUUCACAGUCCCUAUUGGAUGGUGAAUAAGACUGGUCGAAUGUUGCAGUACAAAGCCGAUGGUAUUCACCGCAAACAUCCACCUGACUACAAGUUGCCACUUCUCUUUUCUUUCCAACCUAAACACUUUUACCAUGAUAAUAAGGUUCAACUCAUGGUGACAGACAGUGAACUUUCUGAUCAUUUUUCCUUGGAUACAGUUGGGAGUCAUGGCUUUGUAAAGUGUAAGAGCCCCAAAAAGGAAUACCGAGUUGGUGUCACUAUACAUAAUAGUAGUUUUAAUAUCACUAGAAUAGUGACUUUCACACCUUUUUUAAUGAUCACAAAUAGAAGUACCCAUGCUUUAGAAGUAGCUGAAGAAGGCAAUGAAAAUUGGAUACCAAUACUUUUCCAGCAGUGUACUCCAUAUUGGCCUGAGAAUAAUGAAAGCAAGUUACAGGUUAGAGUAAAAGAUUCUGAUAUUCCACCAAAAAUUAUACAACUUGAUAAACAAGAAAAUUGUUUACUACUUCACUUAGAUAACAAGCUUGGCGGUAUGGUUGUGGAUAUUACGCUAGCUGAACAUUCAACAACAAUUACAUUUUCUAAUUACCAUGAUGGUGCAGCCCCAUUCCUGAUAAUUAAUCAUACCAAAGAAGAAGUAAUUGAAUAUGGACAAAGCUCUCUCUGUGUAAUGGAAGAAACUUUAGAACCAAAUAAAGCAGUAUUGUAUACAUGGGCUGAUCCUAUAGGGUCUAGAAGAUUGAAAUGGAAAUGUGGAAAGAGCAGUGAAGAAAUAACUCAGAAAGAUGACUUGAUGAAACCAAUUCAAGUGGGAACCAAGCACAUUUAUAUAGUUUCAUUUUUUGAAGGUUUGCAGCGUAUAAUCCUAUUCACUGAAGAUGAAAAGGUUUUCAAAAUGACAUAUGAAAGUGAAAAAGUGGAAUUAGCAGAACAAGAAAUCAUUGUAUCUUUACAAGAUGUUGGAAUUUCUUUAGUAAAUAACUAUUUAAAGCAGGAAAUAGUUUACAUUGGAAUCACAAGUUCUGAUGUAAUUUGGGAGACAAAACCCAAGAAAAAGUCAAGAUGGAGGCCACUGAGUGUGAAGCAAACUGACAAGCUGGAGAAAGAAUUUAUUGAAUACUGUGGUAACUCACCUACAGAAAAUAAAGUAGUGGAACUUGAUGAUAAUGUUCCGGUCUGUUUGACUCCUACUGGUAAUGACAUGAAAAUACUACAGCCAUAUGAAGUUCCUGUGAGAAGAAGCUUUUUGCCAGCUUUAAAAGUACAGUAUAGUACCUCUGAACAUCAGUCUUCUUUCAGAGUUCAAAUCUAUAGGAUACAGAUACAAAAUCAGAUUCCUGGAGCCAUAUUUCCUUUUGUGUUCUAUCCUAUUAAGCCUCCCAAGUCCGUCUCAUUGGAUUCAGAACCCAAGCCGUUUACUGAUGUCAGUAUUGUGAUGAGAACUGCAGGACAUUCUCAGAUAUCACGCAUAAAGUAUUUUAAAGUUCUAAUUCAAGAGAUGGAUCUCCGAUUAGAUCUUGGUUUCCUUUAUGCGCUGUCCGAUUUCUUUAUACUUGUUGAUGAACUGCCCAAAGGCCAAGAGGUUGAACUUUUUAAAAAGGAUGUAGAAUCUGCACAGGAAGAAUUAAAGAAUGCAGUGUCAACUGAUACAUCACAAAUCAGUUUAUAUGAAUAUUUUCAUAUCUCUCCAAUCAAGUUGCAUUUAAGCUUUUCACUCAGUACUGGUGGAGAAGAGAGCAAUAGGGAUGAGAAACACAAGGAACUGAUUCCAGUCCAGUCCUUAAACCUCUUGUUAAAGAGCAUUGGGGCCACACUCACAGAUGUGCAGGAUGUUGUUCUUAAGUUGGCCUUCUUUGAACUGAACUAUCACUUCUGUACUACCCAACAACUGCAGUGGGCAGUUAUCAUGCAUUAUUCAAAGCAGGCUAUUAAACAAAUGUACGUUCUUGUUCUUGGUCUGGAUGUUUUGGGCAAUCCGUUUGGAUUCAUAAGAGAUUUAUCUGAAGGAGUUGAAGCAUUAUUUUAUGAGCCUUAUCAGGGGGCUAUCCAGGGUCCAGAAGAGUUUAUAGAGGGAAUGGCACUAGGAUUGAAAGCCUUAGUUGGUGGUGCUGUUGGUGGAUUAGCUGGUGCUGCUUCAAGAAUAACUGGUGCUAUGGCUAAAGGAGUAGCAGCUAUAACUAUGGAUGAAGAUUAUCAGCAGAAACGACGGGAAGCUAUGAAUAAGCAGCCUGCUGGCCUGAAGGAGGGCUUUACUCGUGGAGGAAAAGGCUUAGUAUCUGGUUUUGUCAGUGGAAUAACAGGAAUAGUAACCAAGCCAAUAAGAGGAGCCCAAAAAGAAGGAGCAGCAGGUUUCUUCAAAGGAGUUGGAAAAGGAUUAGUGGGAGCAGUAGCAAGACCCACUGGAGGAAUAAUAGAUAUGGCUAGCAGCACUUUUCAAGGAAUUAAAAGAGCUACAAAUGCUUCUGAAGAUGUCAUAAGCCUGCGUCCUCCGCGCUUCUUUGGGGACGAUGGAGUCAUUCGACCAUACAGAUUAAGAGAUGGUGCCGGAAGUCAAAUGUUACAGAAUAUUGAAAAUGGAAGAUUUGCAAAACUGCGAUACUUUACACAUGCAAUGGUUAAUAAUACAGAUUUAUUAAUGGUUACCAAAAGUGGCAUAUUGUUUGUGACAAGAGGUACAUUUGGACAGUUAACAUGUGAAUGGCAAUACACUUAUGAUGAAUUUACGAAGAAACCAUUCAUUGUUGAGGGACGAAGAUUGCGUAUUGAAGCAAAGGAACGAGUAAAGUCUGUAUUCCAUGCCAAAGAAUUUGGAAAAAUAAUUAAUUUUAAAACACCAGAUGAUGCUAAGUGGAUCCUCUCUAAGCUGGAAGAAGUGAGGGAGAACCAACCAAACUUAUGACCAGUGAUUCAAGUUUCCAAGAUGAAUAAAAUAAGACUACUCUGGUUAUUUUAUACUUCAUAGCAUGUGACACUGUUUAAAUACAAAGGGAUUGACAGUAUAACUUUGGGUAUUUAAAUCAAUUGAUUUUGAAUCUUCUACACUAUUCAAUGAAAAAAGUAGAUUUUAUCAAUAUGUGCAAACAGCUCUGUUGCUGAAAACUGCUACUGAAUUGUGGCUCCUUAGACUUUUUAUUUGUAAAUAAUAAUAGUUUAAAUCUAGACUAAUUUUUUUUUUGAUUUGCCACAUAAUCAACAAGACUAAAAAUCCUAGCAGAGUUUUAUGAUGUAAUUGGUGAUCAGGUUCUUCCCCUCUCACAACUCCUUUUGUUCAGUGUUUAUCAGGAUUUUAAUUAAUGCUAUAUUGCUGCAUCACAUAUUCACUGAAAUUCAGUUUAAUUCAGGAAGACUGAUUUAACCAGCAAUGUUCUGAUAUUAUGAAUGACCUUGCUGACCUUGCUUUGUUUGAGAAGCCUUUUUAUUUACUAAUAGAUAUAGAUAAUAUAUAUACAUAUAUAUACAUAUAUAUAUAUAAUGAGGUGAUUUAGUUUUUUAUACAGGUAAGGAGUUUGUGGUACUAUAAUUCCAUUUUUAAUAAUCACAUUUUUAUAUAAUACAAAAAUUAACAAAGUGCUCUGGUGCCUCACAAUUAAGCAGAUAUCUAUAAGAAAGUAUGAAAGUGCUUUUCAGUGAUUUUUUGAAUGGCGUGAAUCAAAAUGAAGUCAGAAAACUAUCAACAUAGCAUAAUGUUUCGAAGUUCUAAAACAGUACUAUUUCAUUUAGGCAUCAGCUACAUUUUGGAUAUGAAGUCAAAAGCAUGUUUCAGAGUGAAUGUGGCUUGUAUCACGCCUGUCAGCACCUCCUUAAAGAAGCUGUUUUUUUUUUUUCUGGACUUGCUGAAGGACCCCAAGAAAAUGCAUGUGUUUUUGUGUCCGCUCUGAAGUGCUGUUUCAGCUUUGGAUUCAAAGUGCAGUACAUGCCUAAUUUUAUCCAAGAAUGUCCCUAUGGGUUUUUAUGUGAUUUGGGGGCUUGGGGGGAGAAAUCUGUGGCUCAUUACAGAGUAUUUAACAGAAAAUAAUGUUAAAACAUUCAUUAAAAUUGCUUUCAGUAUGUCAAAACUCUUAUUUCCGCACACGUUUUGCUAUAGAGAUGUGUGUGUGUGUGUGUGUACACAUACACACACACACACGCAUCCGAACGGGGGAGAUGUUGCACAUUGCUAUUUUUAAUUUAUUAGACUAUGCAAAUAACGCCUAUCACACCUUUAUGAGAGAGGCUACUUCAUAAAAGAGAUAUGGAAUGCAAAUGUAUGUAAAAUAUAUUGCCUAAUGCAGAUUUGAGUAGUUUGAUGCAUGUAGUAAAUGUCUGCUGCCAAAAUUUUCUUUCCAGACUGUUUGAAGGAUUGUGGUAGAAGGAAACUAGUCCUUGCUGGUGGUGCUUAAGCUACCCAAAUUGUAGCUUUGUUGUAAAAGCUGAAUAAAGUAAAUGGCAUGCCCAAUGUAACCAUAUGUAUUAUGUAUUUAUAAUAUAUUCUGGUAUGUUUUAUGUAACAGCUUGAGGCGGGACAGUCACACAUUGUGUUGUUCCCCUUAAGCUUUUAUAUCUUGAUAUAACUGGUAUAAAUUAAAUUAUCAGAAAUGCCAAAGUAUAAUUUGUAUUGUGUGGCUCAAGUUUGGGAUAUCUAUCCAGAUUCAUUGAUUUAACUUCUAGUCAUAUCACACUUGAGCAUUUUCAACUGCUGCAUUAGUUGUACAGUCAGGCCAACUAUAUAGCACUUUUAAAGAAAUACAAUAAAUGCAUAUAUGGCUUUUA